AUGAGUUCCGCUAGAUCAGGUAAAUCUUUGACUAAAUACAAGAUCGUGUUUUUAGGUGAACAAGGUGUUGGUAAAACUUCGUUAAUUACCAGAUUCAUGUAUGAUACAUUUGACGAUCAUUACCAAGCGACGAUCGGAAUUGAUUUCCUUUCCAAAACUAUGUACCUUGAUGAUAAGACGAUUAGACUGCAACUUUGGGAUACGGCGGGACAAGAAAGGUUUAGAUCACUGAUACCAUCAUACAUUAGAGACUCUCGUGUGGCUAUUGUAGUUUACGAUAUUACAAAGAGAAAAUCAUUUGAAUUCAUAGACAAGUGGAUAGAGGACGUUAAAAACGAAAGAGGUGAAGAGAACGUAAUACUUUGUAUUGUGGGGAACAAGAGCGAUUUGUCAGAUGAAAGACAAGUUUCAACGGAAGAAGGUGAAACAAAGGCAAAGGUAUUAGGUGCAAAGAUAUUCAUGGAAACGUCCACUAAAGCUGGGUAUAACGUUAAGAAUUUGUUCAAAAGAAUUGCCAAAUCUUUACCAGAAUUCCAAGAGAGUCCAAAUACAGGUGUAAAAGAUGAUUCAAACGAAAAUAAUGCAGGCGUCAUUGAUAUAACGACCAAUGAAGAAGAACAGCAAGCAUCAAGCUGUCAAUGCUGA